AUGAGAACCCAAGGGCAAGCAUGGAAAAACAAAUGCAUCCACAAUGAACGUGGAAAUGCUGAAACAGUUAAUGGAGAUCGUUAUCGAAAUAUGAUUUCAAAUUUUCUUUGGCCUAUUCUGGAUGACAUGGACACAGAAGAAAUGUGGUUCCAGCAAGACGGUGCUACCUGCCACACUUCUGGGACCACAAUUGCAUUGAUUCGUGAAAAAUUUGACGGCCAAAUCAUUUCCAUUCGUGGCGAUCAGCAGUGGCCACCAAGAUCAUGUGAUUUAACUCCAUGUGACUUCUUCCUUUGGGGCUACAUUAAAUCACUUGUUUAUGCAAACAAACCGCGAACUUUAUUCGAUCUUAAGCAAGAAAUUAAACGAGUUAUCAGUGAACUCGAUGGGGAAGAUGCUAUUACACUAUUAGAGUUCAGACAAGAAGAGCUGCCGCAUAUCAACAAAAAGUUUGAUGAAAUUCAAAGUGAAAUUGAAUUUAUAAAUUGUGAUGAUGACGAAAAGUCUAACCUUGAAAGAGAAGCUUUUGAGAGUGACUACUUUUCCAUCAGGUCAGAAAUGCAAGAAAUAAUUAAUUUUGAAAAAGGCCAUACUUCGUUGCCGCAUAAUGUCUCAGCGAGCUCAUCUGUGCAUACUCAAAGAGCCAGACUUGCACCAAUAUCUCUACCAAGCUUCGAAGGCGAUAUAUUAGAAUGGGAGUCCUUUUUUGACUGCUAUAAGGCAAUGGUGCACAACGAUGAUUCAUACCCCUCGGCUCAGAAGUUCUCAUAUCUAAGAUCAACACUCAAGGGACAAGCAUUGGACAUAAUUAAAGGCAUACCAAUUACAGAUGCUAAUUAUAAUGUUGCAAUAAAAAGGCUGCAGCAGCGAUUUGAUAACAAAAGUCUGGUAAUCCAAUCGCAUAUCCGUGCAAUUCUGGACACCCCACGGGCGGAGGCAUGCCAAGCAAGAGAGCUGCAAGACCUGUAUUCAAAUAUAUCCGCUCACGUCGCAGCGCUCGAAGCACUAGGUCAACCUGUCAACCAGUGGGAUGCCUGGCUUGUUACAGUUGUUCUGAGAAAACUGGAUUAUGCAACCAGUCAUGAAUGGCAAGUUAGAAGAACCAACACAGAGCUACCGAAGUAUAGUGAGUUGCAGUUGUUUUUGUCUAGUCGUUGCGUUGCAUUGGAGAGUGCGGAAACGCUCCAGAACACCGUCGAUGAAGAUAAGCGGAAAAUAACAGCCAAGGCUUCCAACUUGAAAUACAAUGCUCAUAAUUAUCCUAGAAAAGCUCUCUAUACAGCUAAUCAUAAUGUUGUGAAGUGUGAAUGUUGUGCAGGCGAUCACCGAGUGUACGCAUGUAGCAAAUUUAAAGAAAUGCCAGUGGGAAGCCGGGUACAGAUAGUACGAGAAGCAAGGUUAUGUUUUAAUUGUUUUUCGAACAUACAUAUGGCAAAUACAUGUAAAUCAAAAUACAACUGUCGCGUGUGCAAUGGUAGACACAAUACAUUACUGCACUAUGAAAAGCAUGAACAUCAAGUCGCAGGGAAUGAAGGAGAUACCAUUGAAAAGGAAGACAAUCCAGGAGCGACGUCGCUUUGGGCAGCACAAAAAGUUAAUCAUGUCUUCCUAGCCACCGCUAUAGUAUCAGUGUUGGACCGACAUGGUGAAAAAAGACCAUGCCGAGUAGUUUUAGAUAGCGGAUCUCAGAUAAACUUUGUCUCGAGGAAGAUGGCCAAGCUGUUAAAUCUUUCUCGCGAACAAGUCGAACUACCGAUAACUGGGAUAGGAGCCAACCGGGUGCAUUCGACAGCAUGUGUUACCAUAGAUGUAUUAUCCAGAAUAAAAGAAUUUCAAGUUGCUCUAGUAUGUCAUGUUCUACCGACCAUUGUAGAUGACCUUUCACCACACCCGAGUGGCAUAGUCGACUGGAAAAUACCCAAGGAAUUCGAUUCACAAUUGGCUGAUCCAUUGUUCCAUUCGUCAGGAGCUAUAGACAUGUUGAUAGGAGGUGGAGUCUUUUUCGACAUACUAGAAUCUAGACGUGUUCGGUUAAGCGUUGGGUCGCUAUGUUUGCAGGACACUAAGUUUGGCUGGGUCAUCACCGGAGAGGUUGGAGCAGUAUGCCUGCUAAACGUCAACUCUGUUGGUCAGUCGUUAGAAGAUGGAUGGAUUGCAGUGGAAAAUAGUAAAGACGCAAAUGCCAAUGACUUGUCUAAAACGAGCAGAAAGGCUUUAGACGUAAAGGCAGCAGCAAGACAUUUUCAAGAGACUGCGAAACGCAAUCAGAAUGGAAGAUUUGUGUUACGAUUACCAUUAAAAUCUGAGGUUAAAAACAUAGGAGAUACUUUAAGUAUGGCUAAAUCAAGGUUUUUAAGCGUGGAACGUAGACUGCAGCAAGACGAAUCAUUAAAGGAAGCUUACGUCAGCUUUAUGAAGGAGUAUGAAAAUGCAGGUCAUAUGCAUGAGGUGCAUAGCAAUGAUCCAGUUGCCGAAAACAUUUUCUAUUUACCUCACCAUCCAGUCGUAAAAUUGUCGAGUUUAACAACGAAGCUACGAGUCGUCUUUGAUGCGUCGGCCAAAAGCUCCACUGGAGUCUCACUUAACGAUGUUCUUAUGUGUGGGCCUACAGUACAAGAGGAGCUGUUUAGUAUAUUGAUACGAUUUCGAGCGCAUCAGUAUGUUAUAACUGCGGAUGUAGAGAAGAUGUUCCGUCAGGUAGAGGUUUCCAAAGAAGACCAGGAUUUGCAACGUAUAGUAUGGCGAGAGAAUCCAAGUGAGAAGCUGCGCAUCUACAGGUUAACAACAGUCACUUAUGGUACCACAUCCGCAUCGUUUAUGGCAACUCAAUGUCUAGCGUCGCUUGCUGAAGCAGAAAAACUAAGAUUUCCAAGGGCAGCGAAGGCAAUACGUAGGGACUUUUAUAUGGACGACCUAAUGACUGGAGCUGAGACUAUAGAUGAAUGCAAGAUGUUGCAAUUGCAAAUCAGCAACAUUUUAGAUUCAGCCAAAUUACCGCUUAGAAAAUGGUGCUCAAACUCGGCGGAGAUAUUCAAAGGCGUACACUCAGUCGAUAAGGAGCCAUUAUUUGUAAUCAAGAUAGAAGCAGAUGAGAUAGUAAAAUCGCUCGGUUUAUGUUGGAAACCAACACAGGAUGUGCUUGGAUAUCAGGCUGUGCCCGCGGCUAAGAGUCCAAAAUGUACAAAAAGAAUAUUGUUAUCAGACCUUAACAGGAUUUUUGAUCCGCUGGGGUUUUUGACACCGGUACUAAUAAAAGGUAAAAUAUUCCUACAGCAGCUGUGGCAAAUAAAGAUAGAUUGGGACCAACCAAUACCGGAACACAUAAAGGAGAAGUGGCUCCGAUUCUACAAACAGUUCGAGGAACUCAGGUCAUUAUCGAUUCCUAGGAAGUGCAAGCCGUUCAAGAGUGACUAUAAUGUUGAGGUGCAUGGUUUUUGUGAUGCCUCAGAAGAAGCUUAUGGCGCAUGCAUCUAUGUGCGAAGUAAAGGUCAGAAUGAACAGUGGUGUUCGCGUUUAUUAUGUUCAAAAUCAAGAGUAGCGCCAGUCAAAGGGGCCACAAUACCACGUCUAGAGCUUGGUGGCGCCCUGGUGUUAGCGCAGUUGGCAGAAAAGGUGGCACUAGCAUGGGAAUUGGAUAUCAAGGAUUUCUACCUUUGGACAGAUUCCAUGGUGGCACUGGGUUGGAUCCGUAGUGAGGACACCAGAUUUAAGACAUAUGUGGCGAACCGCGUAGACCAAAUACUUGAGCUGACGAAUGCACAGCAGUGGAGACAUGUAGGAACUGCAGAUAAUCCGGCGGAUAUGCUGUCCAGAGGUGUACUGGCAAGAGAACUAAAAGACUCUGAACUAUGGUGGAACGGACCACAGUGGCUGAGCAACGGCGAUGAUGGUUGGAAACACUCAACUACAAUACUACCAGAUGACGAUACAUUACCAGAAAUACGAACGGUUAAGCUCACACUCGCCGUGACUAACCAGUCUAGCGGAUUGAUCGAACACUAUUCGAGUUGGCGCCAGCUUGUGAGAGCCGCCGCCUGGUUUCUGAAGUUUAUAGAUUUCCAAAGAACAAAAAAAGCUAACACAGUAACACAAUAUCUAAGUGUAUUGUAUUUAAAGAGAGCUGAAACUGGUUUAAUAAGGCAAGCACAGUUGCAUGAAUUUCAAGCAGAAUAUACGGCACUAAGCAGUAGCAAGGAAGUGUCGGGACGCAGCAAAUUAAAGGGAUUACAUCCGCUGCUUCAAAGCGACAACUUAAUACGGGUUGGAGGACGGUUGGAGAACGCACAGAUUACAGAGAAUCAAAAGCACCCUAUUGUGUUGCCCGCAGCCCACAAAAUUACCAGGUUAAUUUUCGAAGACAUACAUCAGGCCCUUCUCCACUGUGGGCCUCAAGCACUGCUAGCAGAGGUUAGACAACGGUACUGGCCGAUCAGAGGAAGAAGCAUGGCCCGCUCUGUUAUAAAACGCUGUGUGAUCUGCGUCCGAGCAAGGCCAAAAUUUGAGUACCCUUUAAUGGCACCGUUACCGAAACAACGCGUAGCCCCAACAAGACCAUUUGCCGUCAGCGGUGUAGAUUUCGCUGGACCUCUGACAAUAAGAAGUGGUAUACGGCGCCAAACAGGGAUAAAGGCAUGGAUUGCAGUCUUCGUAUGUUUCUCUACGAGGGCCAUUCACUUAGAACCGGUUGUUGGGCUAACGAGUGGAGCGUUUUUAGCAUCCUUACGUCGCUUCAUGUCGAGGCGAGGAAAAUGCACAACAAUCCACAGCGACAAUGGUACUAACUUUAUAGGAGCGCAGAAAGAGUUAGCUUCAUAUUUGAGUGAUUGCGAUUCAAGCAUGGCUCGUGAAGGAAUAGAGUGGAAAUUCAACCCUCCUUCUGCACCUCACUUCGGUGGGCUGUGGGAGAGCGCAGUAAAAUCUACAAGGCAUCACCUAUCACGGAUUUUAAAGGAUGGGCGUCUGAAUCUAGAGGAGCUCAACACGUUACUUUGCCAAAUAGAAGCUUGUGUUAAUUCAAGGCCUAUGACUCCAUUAGGCAGUGACCCCUCAGAACCGGGUGCUCUUACUCCGGCCCACUUCUUAAUCGGUGGUUCAUUGUUAUUAGCUCCUGAACCCAGCUUGGCAGACGAGUCAAUAGAACAUCUGCGUCGAUGGAAGUAUGUGCAAGCAUUAAUGCAAGGGUUCUGGGCGAGAUGGUAUAAGGAAUACCUGCCACAGCUCCAAGUACGAGGCAAAUGGACCAGCAGUAAGCCUCCAGUGAACAUUGACGAUAUAGUCAUCAUCAAGGACGAAUGUACACCACCAGCUAAAUGGAGAUUAGGAAGGGUAAUGCAAGUGCACCCUGGGAAGGAUGGCAUAGUGAGAGUUGCCACAUUGCGACUCGGAUCCGGUGCAGAGAUAAAGCGACCAACAGUAAAAUUAUGCGCGCUUCCUACCGAGCGUCAACCGGAAUAA